CGGGCGGGCGUUCAUGGCCGGCCGCGUGUGGACGCUCGGGCGCCGCGCCGCCGUCGGCCUCCUGCCCCGCGCCGGGGCCCCGCGGCCCGACAGCGGGGCGCGGCUGUGCAGCCGCCGGGGCGUGCGCGCCGGGAGCCGCGCGCAUGUGACUCCCCACUGUCUUGGCCCGAUUCUGACCGUCAGAAAGCAGAGCGUCUCCUUGGUGACCCUCAGGACCACGGGGACUUGGGGCGGUCCUAGCCCUCUGGAUGAGACCACCUACGAAAGGCUGGCGGAGAAGACGCUCGACGCCUUAGCAGAGUUUUUCGAAGAUCUUGCAGACAAGCCUUAUACCUCUGAUGAUUAUGAUGUCUCCUUUGGGAGUGGCGUUUUAACCAUUAAACUAGGAGGUGAUCUGGGAACCUACGUGAUCAACAAGCAGACCCCAAACAAGCAGAUAUGGCUGUCCUCGCCCACCAGUGGGCCCAAGCGUUACGACUGGACAGGGAAGAACUGGGUGUAUGCCCACGACGGGGUGUCCCUCCACGAGCUGCUGGCCGCAGAGCUGACCGACAUCUUAAAAACCAAACUGGACUUGUCUUCCUUGGCCUAUGCCGGGCAAGGCCCCUGAUGCCCAGUUCAGUCGGGACACCAAACCCCUGUGACACAGACGGCGCCUGGCCCCGAGCCCGGCUCGCUCGUUCCCGUACAGGCGUUUGGGGUUUGCUCUGUGCCUUGUCCCUCUCCACAGAGCCCUCCGCCAGUGUCCGUAUGCUCAGACCAGGACGCGUGGGCCACCGCAGAGGAGAAGGAAGGGAAACGCUUUGCUUCUGUCCUCCGCUGUCUGACAGACUUGCCUUGGACGCCACAUGGAAAGCAGCUGACCAACCUCACCCCUCCGUCUCAGGACGAGCCUCGGGGAGGGGAAGCUCUCGCGUUCACUCGCCCGGCGGGGCACAGGAACAUGUCCAUGUCCUUGAAGAUUGGAGUGUCAACAACAGCGUGAAGUGCUCAUAAACCAGGGCCGUUGUCUUUGU